AUGACAAAUGAGAAUGAAUGUGGCACUGCUGACUCGGAAAAAUGUUCUUUGAUAACUAUCGAGGAAAGAGCUUGUAAUGUUCUUUGCUAUCAUGGAGGAAUUCCAUCAAAUUCUACUACUAAAGAAUGCAUAUGUGAAAGUGGCUACGGCGGAGAAUGUUGCGAAUGCGAGAUACAGGACUGUGAAAUGACCCCGUGGAGUGAAUGGUCAGCGUGUACUCGGGAGUGUGGACCACAAGGAACGCGAUUUAGAACACGUAAUGUGGCCAAGCAACCUGCUUGCGGUGGAGCCCCGUGUUCCGAGAUCGUUACCCAGGAAGAGAAAUGCAAUAGGGUAUGCUACAACGGCGGAAAUCUGGACGAUUAUAGUGACAAAUGUACCUGUCCAGGAUACAGUGGAGAGUGUUGUGAGUGCAAGAUCCAAGACUGUGUUAUGACCUCGUGGAGUGAUUGGUCAGCAUGCUCCCAAAAAUGUGGGUGGGAUGGAACACGCUUCAGAACGCGUGACGUGUACAUAGCACCCACGUGUGGUGGAACAGAAUGUUACGGAUUCGUCGAUCAUCAGUCAUGUAACUAUGGGGUGAUGUGCAGUGGAACCAGUGGCUACAAACACCCUCUGCACAUUCCUAUUUCAUACUUGUCACUAUGUUUUUCCUAUAUGUAUAUAAAGCUUCAAUAA